GCGCGGAGCGGCGGCGGCAGAGCGGCGGCAACGGCGGCGGCAGCGGCAGCAUGGAGCGGGCACGGAGAAUCUUCGGGGGACCCAAGGUAGAGCUUCACGUCCACCUGGAUGGAGCCAUCAGACCAGAGACCAUCUUGUACUUUGGCAAGAAAAGAGGCAUCCCUCUCCCUGGGAACACUGUUGAGGAGCUCUUGAAGUAUGUCACCUAUGACACACCACUGACACUUCCCCAGUUUCUAGAGAAAUUUAAUUACUACAUGCCUGCCAUUGCGGGUGACCGUGAGGCAGUGAAGAGAAUUGCCUACGAGUUUGUGGAAACAAAAGCCAGGGAAGGAGUCGCCUACGUGGAGGUCCGGUACAGCCCUCACCUCCUGGCCAACUCUGGUGUGGCUCCCAUCCCCUGGGGACAAGCUGAGGGGGACCUCACUCCAGAUGAAGUGGUUCAGCUCGUAAAUCAGGGACUGAAGGAUGGAGAGAGGGAUUUCCACAUCAAAGCCAGGUCUAUUCUAUGCUGCAUGCGCCAUAUGCCAAGCUGGUCUCCAGAGGUGGUGGAGCUCUGCAAGAAGUAUCAGAAUGACUCUGUGGUGGCUGUUGACCUGGCUGGAGAUGAGACCCUGAAGGUGGAGGAUUGCUCUGGGCAUAAGAAGGCUUAUGAGGAAGCUGAGAGGUGUGGGAUCCAUCGCACCGUCCAUGCUGGGGAGGCCGGCCCGGCUGCCAUGGUCGAGGAGGCAGUUUAUGUCCUGAAGGCCGAGCGUGUUGGCCAUGGAUACCACGUCGUGGAGGACCCUGAGCUCUACAGGCAGCUGCUGAAAGCAAAGAUGCAUUUUGAGGUCUGCCCUUGGUCCAGUUAUCUCACUGGAGCAUGUUCUCCGGACUUCACCAAACACCCCAUAAUACAAUUUAAGAAGGAUCGUGCCAACUAUUCUCUAAACACAGAUGACCCCCUCAUCUUCAACUCCACCAUUGACAAGGACUAUGGCAUUGUGAAGGAACACAUGGGAUUCACUGAAGAGGACUUCAAGAGAGUUAACAUCAAUGCAGCCCAGUCCAGCUUCUUACCUGAGAAGGAAAAGCAGGAGCUGCUCAACAAGCUGUAUGAAGCCUAUGGGAUGGUCCCCAAUGCAUCCUGACCUGUCCCUGGGAGCCAGCCGGGAGUAGGGCCCUUCUUCACAAGACCCUGGCUCUCCUCUGUGCCAGGGGGUGCCCAGAGUCAGUCUCUGUUCCUGGCAGCCCAUUGUUGACCCUCACAGUGCUCAUCAGAAUCAGACUAUCACACACACCUACUUGUAGCCCACAGUCUCUCUCCUGAAUGAUCUCCAGCUUCCUGUCCUGCUGCUGUGCAAGCAGACUGGAUCUGCCUGCUGGCCUGACUCCCUUCUCCUUCUGCUGGGGUUGCUGUGCUGCAAAUGCAAACAGAACAACCUCCCUUAGAGUUCCUUUGCUCCCCUCUUUCCCUGUUUUACCUGUCCUGUCUCACUGACCUGCCUGGCCCUUGCCUCGGUGCUGAAAUACCCACUUGCAGCUCUGGCUGUGGCCUGGGUUAAUUCACCUUUCCAGGGGAGAGGUGUGCUAGUGCUGGCAGGGAGAGAGCAGCCCUUUCAGACACAGAGGCUUUAUUCUUGUCCCUGUGGGUGGGAGGGUCUGCUCACAGCUAUAUUUACCCAGGGUUAGUCUUGUACUAACAAGACUGGAACAAGAACAAGCUGCAAGCUGGCGCCCCUGCCCGUGCACAAGUCCGAAGGGCAUUUAAAACAAAAUACAAUUUCUUGGCAUCCUUUCCUGCAGAGGAACUCCCAUGCAUCAGGCCUGCCAUUGUCACUGCUGCAGAAGUGCACACCUUGGGCUCAGGCCCCAGCUGUGCUCACAGCUGGCCAUGACCUUGCUUGCACAGGCAGAGGAAGUUGGAGCAUAAUUUUAUCACUUCAGGCCAAAAUCUGCCUUCUGGGAUUUUCCCCACUUUUUUAAUCUUGGAGAACUCCUGUGAACUGCAGUUUGAUCUUCCUCUUACCUUUGUUUAGGACUUGGAAAAAACAUGAUUGAUUGCCUGGUUUAACAAUUCUGCUCUCUUUCUGAUUUGACACAAUCAUUAGGCUCUCUUAAGGCUGAAUAAGUAAAUUAACUUGGACCCAAUGUCACACAUUGACUCAGGUCCCAUCUGAUUGCUUCUCUCACUCAAUUAUUACACUGGCUAAAAGUCAGAUCUUCAGUUUGGUGUAGAAUUUAUACAGAGAAACUCACCAAAAUUUCCUUAGUGAUUUUAUAGCAUUAUAGUGUUUUUACUCAAUAAGCAAUAGAGCUGUGCAUCCAGAGAAGAGACCAUUGUUUUCUUACCUGAGUGUGUGGUGUGCUUUAGCAUCCCAGGGCUCUGCCAAGAUGCUCACUCCAAAGAUACUGUACCAAAAAGUUGCCUUUGAAAAGGGGCCAUGGUCACCAUUGCCACGGACAGACCAUGGACUGGCCCAGUCCCUGCCAGCACUGAUGGUGUGCUGGGAGUAUUUCCAUUCUUUCUGGGCUUCCAUAUUGGUCUUCAGAGUAAAACACUCAUCUCUGAAGUACGUGGUGCAUAUAUACACAUAGAUAGAUAAACGAAGAUGAGAGAGUGAUUUUCUUACUUUUAUAAAGCAAAAGACAAAGUAUCACUUUUAAGGACAUGAUUGUGGUAAGAAAUAGGUUUUGGGUCAUUUUUCUCCAACAAUAGUUUCUGAAGGUUUUGGGUCAUUUUGGUUUUGGGUCAUUUUUCUCCAACAAUUGUUUCUGAAGAAGAGUUGCUUGUUUGGAUUCUGGACAGUUGAUUGUUAAUCCUGUUUAAUAAAAUAACAAAUUUAUAUUAAAAGAGAAA